AUGAUUCCAUUGAUCUGGUUGAUUUGUUUUAUCAAAUCUAGCUUUGCUCAGUUCACCAUCAACAACACGAAUAUAGCUAACUCGCUGCAAUCGAUGAAUGCAGCAAAUGCUGUUUAUGACGAGCUCUUUAACAAGCGGAACUACACUAAAUAUCUAUCACCUGUAUUUGGACAAAUGAUCGAGAAUUCGACGGAAAUUGCAAAAUUGAACGUCCACUUCGAUCUCUGGUUCAUCAAGCUGAUCAAUUUGGAUCCCGAGAGUCAACUGCUGAGCCUUUGUCUAGAAUUCAAGACGUAUUGGCAAGACGUGAGACUUUCGUGGAAUGCCAGCCAAUUCAAUGGAAUCGAAUACAUUUUUGUCUCAUCUGACGCGAUCUGGAUACCCGAUUGUCAAAUUGGAGACGCGCGUUUUGGGAACACAUCGACAGUGGCGGAAAGCAAGACGGUGGACUCGGUGAAGCCGGAUGAGCUAAUGAGAGCCGUUCAAAUCUUCAGCAAUGGAUCCAUCUUCUAUCCCGUUUUCUAUUACACCGAAGUGGCUUGUCCAAUAAAUGUCGACGUUUUUCCAUUCGACAAGCAAAUUUGCCCGCUCAUGGUCAUGUCAUUAGCGUUUGACUCAAGUCAAAUUUCGAUGAGUGCAACGGUCGACCCAUUUAUAAUGGCUUACGCGAAUCCAGAUUAUGUGAAAAUGGUGGCGAAAGAAGUGGGUGCAGCAUUCGCAAUAACGGAGGCCUUGGUUCAAUGGGGAAAUGGAGAAUGGGAUAUGACAAACAUCACAAACUUCAGCAUCAUUCAAGGUGAAAUGACUGUGACAGGAUACCUAUUGUAUCUCCGGCGAGUUCCAAAUUUCUAUGUCUAUGUGAUCGCUUUGCCUUGUUUCAUUCUAACUGGACUGUCGAUUGUUGGAAUGUUCUGGACACCAAAUUUCAAAAAGGAGCAACUUGUUAAGCUAACAAUCGGCCUAACAAGUCUCGUUUCAAUGACAGUUCUAUUGGAGAUGCUUGCUGAUGCCAUCCCAAAGACUUCUGUAUUCCCAUUACUUGGUAUCUACGUGGUUUGUUGCGUUGGAGUGACGUCAUUGGCCUCUGUUAUUAUCACAUUAUCUUCAUUGCCGAAUCCAAGGAAACACCAUGAACCACAACAAGAUCCAAACGAGAAAGCAUUGGAGAAAAAGAAAUGUGGAUUCACAAUGAGCGAACGGCCAACACUCCGAUCAUUCCUCGGAAUCUUCCAUCGAAAUUUCUUCCUUUUAAUAUUUUUUCAAGCCUUGAAUUUAGUUGGUUUCAUCGUAUUUUUAUCGUUUUGGGAU